AAAGUUACGCCUCCAAGGGCAUUAUCCUUUGGACGAGACAGGUUUAUAACACUAUAUCGUGAGGUGUUGCUGAUAUCAGACUCCAAGUGAAAAGGACCUAAGAUACGCACCUGAAGGAUGGCGGACCAACAGAACGAGGUGCUCAUUCAGCACGCUCCCAGCCAGGAGACUGUCGAGGCAGCCCCAAGGAGUGGAUCCAAUGCCAAGGCGCUCAAGGCGGCCGGUUUCACUCUGCUCGCAUGCCUGCUCAUUGCUGGCCAGGCCCUCACCGUUUACUUUGUCCUCGGCCAGAAUAAGCACAUCACUGACCUGGAGCAGACACAGCAAAACCUGAAGCAAGUACUGACACGCAAAGCUGUAGUUCCUGCCAAGAUGCACUUGCCUAUGAGCAGCCUGCCUCUGCUCAAAGAUUUCUCAGAGGAGGACCAGGGUCAGGGCCAGAAAUCAGGAGGGAGAAAGAGAGUUCCACUAACCAGACUGCAGUCUUCCACUGUUAUGAAUCAGAAGGAAGGAAGUGGUGUUGUGGAAGAUCAGACUUUUCCUAGAAGGAUGAUGAGCAUCCCAAUGGGUGGUAUGCCCUUAAUGCCAGAAGCCAAGGUUCCUGUGCCAGCUGAAGAACUUGGAAGCAAAUGUCUCUUGGAGGCAAGCAAGGUGAUACAGCCUGGCGUUUACAGGCCACAGUGUGAUGAGCAGGGCAACUACCUGCCUAUGCAGUGCUGGCAUAGCACUGGCUACUGCUGGUGUGUGGACAAGGACGGACACGAGAUCGGGGGCACCAGGAUUCGUGGCAGACCUCAGUGUGAUGGAGGUGAUGUGAACGCUGCAUUUUUGGACAACAUGGAUUAAGGAGAUAAUGACAGCUAAAGAUGCUUAACAGCUUUUUUCCAACAUCUUCUUGUUUGUUUGUUUGAUGCUGGAACAGUAACAGCACAAGUUGUCUUUUAAAUCAAAUGUAAUAUUUCUGCUCUUGUUAAAAUGCACGAGUAUGAAUUUGAUUGUUGAGCAUAACGAUAAGUGAAUCAUCUGUCUCUGGUCUUAGGUGAUUAGUGCUUGGUAAAAUUCUGACAUUUUUCUCUUUUUCAUGCAGUUAUAAAGCAUUUUGAAAGCAUCCACUAGAUCGAUGUUAUCUUUCUCAACAGUGUAUAUACAUGAGAUGGUAUUUUCAACUUUUCCCUGUCCGACCCUAAUGUAAAACAUAACAAAUAAAAGUUUGGAUGAUACAAUACACACCCACACAAACAAAUAUACAAUACGCACAACACAACAUGCUUCUUUUGCGAUAUUAUCAAGAGUGCUACAAAAAACUUUUUCAUGCUCUAAUUGUACUACUGUUUACCCUCUUCCUUGUUAUUUAACAACAUUUCACAAAGGUGAAGUUUUGUUAAAGAAGG